UUCCUGCCUUGUGGUUUCUUUCGGCUGACACUUACAUUUUUUUAAAACAGCCACGAGACUGUUGGAUCCUUCUUUUCCGAAAAGCACUAGUACUUCUCCCGGUCGUGCGCACAAAGCAGUAAAGAGUUGCCGUGCGACCGUACUAGCGUUAGUUGAAAAAUACCAUUUGCUUUACUGUGGCACGUGACGCGAUUGCUUCUAGUACAUCCGCGCAUUAUUGGACUUUGAGAAUAUCACGCACCAGCACUGGAAGAGGAGCCAAAGCGCACCUAGAUGAUAGGAAAAUCUACGUAGAGGUAGAAGACUUGGAUGCGACCAAGAUAGCUAGUGUCCGCAGUUCUAGAGAAGCUAAAAUUGGAGCUACCCUGUGACUGGGAGCCCUCUGAAAGGGCGGCGCCAACAACCAAGUAGAACUACACAGACAAGUAGAAAAUGUUGGUGCUGAGGAUGCCGAGAUUGCGGAGAUUGCUUUUCCGCGUGAGCCUGCUGGUGGGAUAUGGGCAGACCGUCAUGGUCACGAGGACCAAAACGGCCCCACAGAUGCCACCAACACAGCAGCAGGAAGUCGAUGUUCCUACGCUUCUCCAUCCGCAACCUCAAACGCGGCUUGUUGUACCCGCAUGCCUGUCGGGACUACCAGUGUGGACAUCGAUCCAUAACACGGCCGCGCCUUCAUCGACCGGACCUUUACGUGGUACUGCUGGUCUUGCUGCGCCAGGAGGUGGAACGACACCAGUAGCCGCUGUACCGGGGAGCCGAC